AGUGAACGUGAGGUGGAGCAGGCCAGGCUUGGCAUCAUGGUGAAGGCCCAUAAGUCAGGUGGGAGGAAGAGCUCCCACAGCCUCCGCAGACAGGCUGGUGGCCAGACAGAGAAAGAGAAAGAGGAAGGUCAGUCCCAGUCAGACACCAAGCAUCCACCACAGGAGCAGCCCCGUGGAGGAGACCAACCCUAUGAUGAUGCCCAGCUCCGGACCUCUGCACCAGCCGAGGAGCUCGCUGAGAACUUUGACCAGAUGGAAACUCCCAUGGACGUCCAGGAAAAGGGCGACUCUGGCCAAGCCAAGCCCAUGUGGAAACCCAUUCCCCCUCUGCUGCCUGAGCCCGAGGACAGCGAGAGCACGACCAGUGGGACCAGGGACCAGAGCUGCCAGACUGACGAGCAGCUUCAGCAGACCAGUGAUCAUAACACAGGUCUCUGUGUGGAGCCCGGAGAUCCUCCUCUCCUCCAACAGCCUCUGCAGACGUCCAAGUCUGGGAUUCAGCAGAUAAUUGAAUGCUUCCGUUCAGGCACCAGUCAGCUGAGACACAUGCUGCUGAGGGAGGUGGACACCAUCUUCGAGUGUAAACUGUGCCGCAGUCUGUUCAGGGGCCUGCCCAACCUCAUCACACAUAAAGAGUACUACUGCCUUUCACGGCUGCCUGAAUCCGACGGUUCAUCGGGAGACGACAGACAGAGUGUGGCCAUGAAGGAUUUACUGGACACCAUAUAUCCCAGAGACCGCCCAGACUGCGUGGUCCGACUGGAGCCCAUUCAGACCACUAGCAAGGCCGUGUUCCAGUACCUCACCACAGAAGAGGACCUGGCCAGAUAUCCAUCACACACACCCAGUGCCAGAGAGAGUCCAGUAGCAUGGGAAGAGCCAGCGGAGGGUGGGGACAACAGCCAGGCGAGUCAGCGAGGUGGAGCCGAGAGCCACAGCAGCCCGGGACCCAACCAGGGGCAGAAGAAAUGGGAGGUUGAGGAGGAGGCGAAAGCAGAGCCGCCACCGCCUGAAGAGGAGGGCUCCACUAGCGGGGUGGAUGACGUGACAAUCUCCUGUUGUCUGUGCGGUCAGGACUUUAACUCGCGCCGCAGCAUCAGGCGCCACUGCCGCAAAAUGCACAAGACCAAACUGGAGGAGCUGCGAAAGUUCACAGAGACACGAACAGUUCCCACGAGCCUGCUCUCUAUGGUGAAGGGUCGGCCACGGACUCUCAGCGCACCGACCGGAAAGUCCUGCCUCGUGUGCCUCAAAACCUUCGCCACCAAAGCCAACGUGCGGCGCCACCUGGACGAGGUGCACCGCGGCCUGCAGAGGAACCCCAACGCCCCCGCCGCCUCCCCCAAGCCCGGCCAGCCCAACACACCGGAGGCCACGCCUCCCAGGAAGAGCAACAAUUCCUCUCCAACACGUAGCCACAACUCCAAGUCCACGCCUGUGAACACCAAAACAGCGUCCUCAAACCAAAACCAAGCCAAACCUCAGCCUCAGCCCCCGGCCGCUGCGCAGGCGAACCCGGUGUCAUGUCGCUGCACGCUCUGCAAGAGGACGUACAGCUCUCAGCUCAUGCUGAAGAGGCACAUGCGCAUUGUCCACAAAAUAUACAGUGUGAAAAGUAACAGGUCUGCAGCCCCAGCACCCCCUGCUACUAAAGCAGCGACUCCAAACAACAACAACAGCAGCAGCACCAACAACAACAACAACAACAGCAGCAGCAGCAGCAGCAGCACUAACGUGGCCUCAAACAACAAUGUCCGGGUGAAGCAGGAGGCAGUCGAGCCCUCGGAUGACGAGGAAGAGGAAGAGGAAGAGGAAGAAGAGGAGGUGGAGGAGGAGGAGAUGGACAGUAGUCCUGCCCCGUCUCCGAGUGACAGCACUGGUACAGCUAAAAGUGUUCCUGUGGCACCCAACUCCACGAAGGUGAAGGAGGAGGAAACCCCGCUGAGCCCAAAGAUGAUGCCAUCCUCCUUAUCUUCAUCAUCAUCAUCCUCCCGUGCUGGCAGCAGCGUGUGCGUCCCCAACAAGUCGACCAAACUGUCUGUGGGCUUCGACUUCAAGCAGCUCUUCUGCAAACUGUGCAAGCGACAGUUCAGCUCCCGUCAGAACCUAACGAAGCACAUCGAGCUGCACACCGACGGCAACGAGAUCUUCAUCAAGUUUUACCGUUGCCCCCUCUGUCGCUACGAAUCGCGCCGUAAGCGGGACGUCCUGCGCCACGUGACUGUCGUCCACAAGAAGUCGUCCUCAUACCUCGGCAAGAUCAUGCCCAAACUGGAGAACAGGGCGGUGAAGAGGCUGGCAGAGGCCGUCCUCAGCAGCCCGAGCCCCAACAAGAGGACAAGCAGCGGCGUCAAAGAGGAAGUGAACGGACGCCAAGCCUCUUCGUCCUCCUCCUCUCCUUCGCCCCCUGUAACGCGCAAGCAAGAGAGUUCCACAGCUGCCCCGGCCUCCUCUUCCUCCUCCUUGUCCUCCUCUUCUUCCUCCUCAGCCCCACCUCCUGCCCAUGCCACUCGGAAACAGCAGGAAGUCUCAUCGCCACCGUUCGUGCUCUCCCCUCCCGUCACCCGUAAGCAGGAGCGACAGCAGACUCAACAGCUUCGCCCCAUCAGCCCGCCGCUCACCCGCCGCAGUGAAAAACACACACACAUGCGCAACUCCGCCUCCUCCACCAGCGUCUCGCCGAGCAACCCACCGCCACACACCCGACGGCACGAGGCGCAGUCGGAGAGCAGCAGCACAGGGACGUCCUCCACUGAGGUCCGGGUGACCAAGAAUUUCUCGCUCCACGCUUGUGACCAGUGUGGACGAGCUUUCGCCAAGAAGCUGUACCUGGAGUCUCACAAGCGCAGCCAUCGUAACGCCGUGACGACAGCGUCCAACAAGAGGAAAGGAGUCAGCACUCGCUCCAAGUCGUUGGUCUGGUGAAAGGCACAGUUCUGCUGGGGGGAAAACGAUGGGCGAGCCACUUACUAUGAAGAAGACAUUUAAAACUUUGAGUUUGAGAAACAAUGGAUGAGUGGAAGUAGCAGAAAUGCAGGAAACGACGGAGCAGGACAAGAGUGAAGUACAGAGGAUUUUUUCCUUCUUCUGCUUAAGAACCAAAUACAUUGUCGGACUAUGACGUUACUUUUGUAUAUUUUCACGAUGAAGCCGGCAGCUCGCUGGACGGUGGCGCUGCUAUCCCCGAGGAGACUGCUCACUACUACUGCAUAUGUCUGUGUUUAUGUACUGCAGUACGUAAAUGUGGAUCCACGUGCGGAUGACUGACUUGUACUGCUGUGCUCUCCGUAAACAGAAGGAUGGAGGUGUAGUUGU